CUUUUUUCCCUCUUUCUCCUGGCCAUUUUGCGUGCAUUUCCCCCAAACCCAGAACAGAAAAAACAGCAAAGCAAAACCAAAAAAGGAAAAAAAAAAUUAAAAACACAAAAAACCCAGUUUUCUCAAACCCUAUUGUUCAUCAUCAUAACAAAGAGAAAACUCAAAAUACAAUAAUUUUGGCUGCAAAAACCCAUUCUUUCCUUAUUGUUUUUCAUGUUAUAUUGGUUGAGAUCUUAUCCCUCAUAAAAAGGGUUUUCAAAUCGGAUCAGUGACUGGGGGAAAGCGCCAAGUAAUUUUCGGGUUUGAUCAGCAUAUUGGAACUUUCUCAGUGUUGAAUUCAGCUUUUUGUUGAGUAAUUUACAGCUCCAGAUCGGAGGGAAAAUAUGGUCUUUGGUGGAUAUUUGAGGUUGGGAAUUGAAUGAUAGAGAUUAGGGUAUGGAAGAGGACUGUAUGUACUACUAGAGACCGGGAACUACUGAAGCAAAGGAAAAAGAAAAGGAGGUUUUCGAGCUUUUCAGGUGAAAAGGGGAUCGCGUUUUUCGUCAUUUUUUGUGUAGGCUUAAUAGUGUAGGGAAUGCUUGUGUUAUUUGCAUUUGGAAUUGAUAUGCAAGAGGUGACGUUUGUAAAGUUUUGGUUUUGCAGACAAGAAAAAGGAUCAGAUUACUUUGGAAAAGGAAAAUCAUUUGGUUUGACAUAGCUCUUGAAAGGCUUUUGUGGUGGUUUUUCGUGUUUUAACUCGGUCGUCUUAGAUUUAGAGUAUAUUGAAAGGAGUUUCAGAUUACUCUGUUGAUCACAUUGGGAUAUUUGAAGUGAAGAGCUAGUUUAAUUAAGUUGGUUUUGGCUGUUGGUUGGUUUUUGGACUGAUUUGAGUUAAAAGGAUUAAAUGGAGGUGCAUUGAAGCUGGAAAGUAAUGUGGGGUCAUGGUGAAUGGACAGAAGUCUAGUUGCUUGUUACUGGAACACUGCUGUGAGAAAGUAACUGAAGGACACUGUUUCCGAAACAGCGCCUUUUUAACUCAGAGUAGAAUUCUGUGCCAUGUCGCGUUGCUUUCCAUUUCCACCACCAGGAUAUGAUAAGAAGCCUAGACCAGAGGACAGGGACUUAUUAAAAGAGGAGAAACGGAAAGAGAAAAAACAUAAAAAGGAAAAGGACAAAGAUAAGAAAGAAGGUAAAGAAAAAAGGGAUAAAGACAGAAGUGAUGGGAAACACAGAGAAAAGAAGGACAAAAAGGAUAAACACCGGGACAAGAAGGAAAAACACGAGGACAAAAAGAAGGACAAGGAUAAGGAUAAAGAGAGAAGCGACAUCUCUGAAGAGGCAAAAGUUGCUGUUCCACCUGGGGCUUCUAGUGGACAGAAGCUUCCUAGUGGAGACGAACAUUUCAAAAAUGAAAGCAUCAACUCACAGGAAGCGAAAUUCCAUGAUCAGUCUCAUGGCCAGCUUGCUGAAAAGCUCUUUAAAUCCAGCCUCCCCAUUGUUGAGACAGAGGAGUCAAGAUAUGUGCAGGAUUUGGCUAGGAGGCUUAGAGAUGACCAGAAUGGCGCAGUCAGUCAGUUGGCUGAGAGAUUUCCAGUUGAGUCGAAAAGGGAUGCGAAGUCAAACAGUAUGUAUAUCAAGGAUUCGGGUAAUUUGGCUAGAGAAAAGGAAAAGAACAAGGAGAGAAGUGAUUUUACCAACAAGAUGGAUGGACAUCAAGUCAGAGUUGAACCGAGAAUUGGUGCUAAUGCAAAACUUCCGAGCUUUUCAGAGAUGGAAAAUAGAAACUUUCAUGGAUUGCUACCACCAUUGGAAGAGAAUGUUGAGAACAGGAGACAGGACAAAGAGAAAUCCAAAGGAAGACGAGAUGACAAACCAAGAGACAAGAAGAAGAAAAAAGAAAAGGAUGCGAAAAGUCAUGGAAAGGAUAAAGAAAAGAAAAAGGAAGAGAAGGGGAAGGACAAAAGUGCACACAAGAAAAGUGAAAAGGAUAAAUCAAAGGACAUCAAUCAGAGCACUUCUCUCAGUGUUAGUAACACCAACCACCAAGUUCCAGUUGUACUCAAGGAUACCAUUGCUGGAGUCACAGAGGGAAAUCACAGAAAAAGAAAGGAUAUUGAAACAAACGGUUUCUUGCAUGAGAAUGAAGUCAGGCCUGCUAAAUUGCUGCGGCCCUCAUCCUCUCAUCAUCCCACACUGAAUGGAAAGAGAUUAGAGAUUCACCAAAAAGCAGACAUGUUAUCUUCCAACAAACAAGGUGUUGUCACCAAUAUUCAGGUGAUAAACAAGGAGCAGAGUCUCAAUGGUACAAGUAAGUUGUCCAACAAGCACGGAGUUGGCACUGAUAUUGAGAUGGGAAACAUGGAAACUCACAAAAACAGACAUGUUAUCUUCCCACAAACAAGGUGUUGUCACCAAUAUUCAGGUGAUAAACAAGGAGCAGAGUCUCAAUGGUACAAGUAAGUUGUCCAACAAGCACGGAGUUGGCACUGAUAUUGAGAUGGGAAACAUGGAAACUCACAAAAACAGACAUGUUAUCUUCCCACAAACAAGGUGUUGUCACCAAUAUUCAGGUGAUAAACAAGGAGCAGAGUCUCAAUGGUACAAGUAAGUUGUCCAACAAGCACGGAGUUGGCACUGAUAUUGAGAUGGGAAACAUGGAAACUCACAAAAAAACAGACAUGUUAUCUUCCCACAGAGAAGGUGUUGCCACCGACACUCAGGUGAUAAACAAGGAGAAGAGUCUCAAUGGUACAUUUAAGUUAUCCAACAAGAACGGAGUUGCCACUGAUAUUGAGAUGGCAAACAUGGAGACUCACCAAAAAACAGACAUGUUAUCUUCCCACAAACAAGGUGUUACUACUGAUAUUCAGGUGAUAAACAAGGAGCAGAGUCUCAAUGGUACAAUUAAGUUAUCCAACAAGCACAGAGUUGCCACUGAUAUUGAGAUGGGAAACAAGGAGCGUGGGGUUAAUGGUACAAUUAAGUUACCCAACAAGCACGGAGUUGCCACUGAUAUCGAGGUUGGAAACAAGGAGCGCAGGGUCAAUGGUACAAUUAAAGGUCAGCCAUUAACUAUGUCUAAACCAAAGACAUUGGCUCAAUCUAAACCAAAGGCUUCUUCCAUGUCUCCUGGUGCUGAUCAUAUUGCUGAAGCGUCUAAAAGACCUCCUCAUCCCGAUUCCAAGUAUCUGAACCAGAUACUCUCAGUUCCCAAGAUGGACGAGUGGUCUGGAUUUUAUGACCAGGAAUGGUUGCUUGGAAGCAAGAGUACUCUGGUUAGGAAACCCGACGUGUGUCUUGAUGAAGUUAAGGACCAUCAGGUAUGGUCAGAAGCUUUGCAAAUAGACUCUGCUGAUGUUUUUGCUCUCCCAUACGUAAUACCUUAUUGACUGCUGUUGACAUGAUGAGUUUCCAAGGACCAAGCUAAGCUAUUUGGCUCGGAGAUGCCCAUGCUGGGCUCUCGAUUGGAUUCUUUCUCACCUUCCUACUCUGAUGGCUGCAUCAAGUUCUGAUAUUUACUCAAGAGUUAGGUACAUCAAUCACCAUUGCUGUUCUUUUUCGCGGGCUUGACACAGAAGCCAUUUGUUGCCAUGUACUUGAACAUUUAACUGUUACAGCCCCAGAUGAAACUAACCUUUGUGUGUAGGAAGUUGCAUGCAUAAAAGCUUAGAUGCCAUUCUAAUUGUGAGUGUAAACAAACUAGUAUUUGUGGUCUUUACAACUCCACACAAAUUUUGAUUUUGUAAUAUA